UAUCUGUGUGUCCCUCCUCUUUGCUCGCUUCUUCUCCCUUACCCUGAGUGUUUUGCCUGCUCUCUCACCCUUCUCACUCUGAUUUGGUUCCCUCUGUGCCUCUCCCUUCGCCUUCUUCGUUUUGACUGUCUCUAGCCAUUAUAGCAUGUGUGCGUGUGCGCACGGUCAUAUUACUGUCCCUUUUCCAUGCUGUACAGCUGCAGAUUCACCUUUGGAUUUUUGCCCCUUUUCCUCUCUUUUUUCCCCUUGCUUAGUGUCAAUGGAUGUGUGUCCUUGUGCUCCUAUGUGUCCUUGCUUGGUGCAUGUGAAUCGGUUUGCCUUAUUUUUUUUGUAUGUGCGCUGACUUCUGCACAGGGUAACUAUGUCAUUGUGUCAGAAGGAUUAAUCCUUUACCUGUGAUUAGCCUGUGCCACGGCGCAGAUCAACCUGUGUGCGAUUGUGUGAUGCAUGUUAUUGUGUGGAUACAGAGAGAAUUGUAUUAAGGUCUUUCCGUGUUAUCCUCUGGUUGGAGAUGGAAAAGAGAAAAGGCGGCUCGAAGCAGCGAAAAAUGAAGGCCAGGUGAGUCCACGAUCCAGUAUGAUUCUCCCGCUGCCACCUUGCCUGUGUCCCAUCCUGUUGCUUGUACUGGGUUCCUUCCUGUCUGGCUCGGCCUCAGGUUGUCCCCAACGUUGUGAAUGCUCUCCUCAGGAUCGUUCUGUUUUGUGCCACCGCAAGCGUCACCUCAACGUCCCUGAAGGCAUCCCCACUGACACACGACUAUUGGACCUCAGCAAAAAUAGGAUCAAGGCACUUAACCAGGACGAGUUCUCUUCAUUUCCCUACUUGGAGGAGCUGGAGCUCAGUGAGAAUAUAGUGUCUUUGAUUGAACCUGGUGCCUUCAAUGGCCUUUUCAACCUACGAUCUUUGGGUCUGCGAAGUAAUCGUCUCAAGCUCAUUCCUUUAGGUGUAUUCACAGGACUUAGUAACCUUACACAACUUGACAUCAGUGAAAAUAAAAUUGUCAUAUUGCUGGAUGACAUGUUCCAGGACCUUUUCAACCUCAAAGCUCUGGAAGUUGGAGAUAAUGAUUUGGUGUACAUUUCUCAUCGUGCCUUCCGUGGACUUAACAGCCUGGAAGAGCUAACACUGGAAAAGUGUAACCUCACCGUGGUGCCCACAGAGGCUUUGUCACACCUGCAUGGUCUGAUCUCUCUACAGCUCCGUUACCUUAACAUUAACAUAAUUCGCGACUUCUCCUUCAAAAGGCUGUUUCGGCUGAAAUAUUUAGAAGUGGCCCAUUGGCCAUAUUUGGACACAAUGACAUCCAAUAGCCUCUAUGGAUUAAAUUUAACAUCUCUUACUAUUACACACAGCAAUCUGAGUGCUAUACCAUAUGUGGCAAUCAGGCACCUUGUUUAUCUUCGCUUUCUUAACCUUUCAUACAAUCCAAUUACAUCUGUAGAGGGAUCUAUGUUGCAUGAGUUGCUGAGACUUCAGGAGUUCCACCUGGUAGGUGGCCAGCUUUCUGUUGUUGAACCCUACGCAUUUCGUGGUCUAAACCAUUUACGUGUACUUAAUGUUUCCUCCAAUCUCCUGAGUACACUGGAAGAAUCUUCUUUUCACUCUGUAGGCAAUCUAGAAACGUUAAUUUUGGAUCGUAACCCACUGGCUUGUGACUGCCGUUUAAUGUGGAUCUUCCGGCGACGCUGGCGUCUCAACUUCAAUCGACAGCAGCCAUCAUGUUCCAGUCCAGAAUAUGUUCAGGGGAAGGAGUUCAAAGAUUUUCCAGAUGUGCUGCAGCCAACUUAUUUUUCGUGCCGAAAAGCACGCAUCCAGGAUCGAAGUCCCCAAGUGGUCCAUGUAGAUGAAGGGCAUACAGUACACUUUUUUUGCCGUGCUGAUGGAGAUCCACCACCUACCAUACUGUGGCAGUCCCCACGGAAGACUUUCAUCACAAGCAAAAGCAGCGGGAGGCUGACUGUAUUUCCAGAUGGAACUUUGGAAGUACGUUACGCUCAGAUCCAAGACAAUGGGACUUAUCAUUGUGUGGCAAGCAAUGCAGCUGGUAAUGAUACUUCACUGGCCCAUCUUCAUGUGCGCAGUUACUCACCUGACUGGCCUCACCAACCUAACAAGACCUUUGCCUUCAUCUCAAACCAGCCGAAUGAAAGCGAUGUUAACAGCACUCGUACAAGUGUCCCUUUCCCAUUUGAUAUUAAAACUCUAAUAAUUGCCACCACUAUGGGAUUCAUAUCCUUUUUGGGGGUUGUCCUUUUUUGCUUGGUUUUACUCUUUCUUUGGAGCAGAGGAAAAGGAAACACUAAACAUAACAUUGAGAUAGAAUAUGUGCCGCGAAAGUCUGAUGCUGGACUCUCCACUGCAGAUGCUCCUCGCAAGUUUAACAUGAAGAUGAUAUGAUACUGAUUGAUCAGUGGGGGGAAGGAAAGAAUAGGGCAAUAGGGGCAGGCAGUGGAUUGCACGGAGCCUGUUCUUGUUCCACCUUUUCUGUUAAGCCCUUACUGGCCAAGCUGUAUAACUCUGGAGGGG